AACACACACACACUCCUCCCACCCAUUCGGUACGUUUAAUUACCCUGCCGGUGAGUGUGUGUGUGUGUCGGUGCUCACACAGAGACGAGGAGGCACGCUUUAACCGCAGAGAGGACCGAACAACACGCAGGACGGAGUAACCGAGAAUAUGAAACGGGACUUCUUUUAGCGGACGUUGGACCGACGCCUCCGCCGCCCUCCGCGCACACCCGGCUUUGUAUUUAUUUCUCCCUCUUUUGUUUUCGGUGUAAAAUUUCGGCGCUGUCAGCAUUCAGCGUCGCUGACCACCCACCUCUUCCCCUCGCACGUUACUUUCGACACCGGGGAGUUGUGCCCGUUUGACUACCGGGGGACAGGAGGAGGCUCAUCACCGGGGGCAGGAAGGGAGAGAAAAGCCCCCCCCAACUUCACCGUGUGCCGCAUAGCUAACUCUGAAAUCAGAGGGAAGUGAUACGGUUAGCAGCCCAGCAGGCAGGCUUGUUUCGUAGUCAGUGGGAUGUUCGAGCUCUGGAAGCAGGACUGACUGAAGGAGCAUGGUGAAACACCAACCCCUCCAGGUCUAUGAGCGCCAGCUGUGUUUGUCAUGUAUCACUGGGCUCUACGGUUGCCGCUGGAAACGCUAUCAACGUUCCCACGAUGACACCACCAAGUGGGAGCUGCUGUGGUCCCUCAUCCUCCUCUUUACCUUCUCCCUGCUGCUGGUCUGGUUCUACUUCUGGUGGGAGGCGCACAACGACUACAAUGAGUUCAACUGGUUCCUCUACAAUUGCUCCGGGGAGUGGAGCGAUGGCACUGUUCCCAUCCUGGCCGCCACCGCUGUCGGCUUCACCUACAUUGCAUUUUUAAUGGUUCUUGCACUUUGUCAUGUUGCACUCGGGCAACAGUUGAAUUUGCACUGGCUCCAUAAGAUUGGAGUGACGGCUGCGCUGCUCACCACCACGGUCGGGGUAAUAUCUGUCAAUCAAACAUGGGGACAGGAGUGGGACGUCGUCCCCAUCUCACUGCAGGCCACAGGUCCCUUCCUGCACAUCGGGGCUCUCGCUGCGGUCACAGCUCUGUCCUGGAUCGUGGCUGUACAGGUCGCCCGAGCAGAGAAAACAAUGUUCCAGGUGGCGGUCGUGCUGCUGUAUCUCAGUGUGUUACUGGGACUCUACAUGGUGCCCCUGUACAUCACCUCCCCCUGCAUCAUGGACCCCAACGCCCUCAAACAACGGCCUGACGUCAUCGGCCACCAGGGAGCUCCCAUGCUUGCUCCAGAGAACACACUGUGGUCCUUCCAGAGAGCUCUGCAGAUGGACGUCACUGGGUUGGAAGCUGACGUUGCCAUCAGUGUGGAUGGCGUGCCUUUCCUGAUGCACGACCACACCCUGCGGCGGACCACAGACAUAGAGAACGUUUUCCCGGACAGGCAAAUGCAAGACGCCUCAUUCUUUAACUGGACAGAUCUCCAGCAACUCAACGCGGGAAAGUGGUUCCUGAAGGAGGACCCUUUCUGGACGGUGCACGGCCUGUCACCGCGGGAGAGGAGUCUGAUUGCCAACCAGAGUGUGUGCAGCCUGGAGCAGCUUCUGAAGCUGGCUUCCUAUCAUAACAGCACGGUGGUUUUCUGGCUGAGGAGACCUCCUCCAACGCACCCCUGCUACCACAGCUGGAUCAACGACACGCUGCAGGCUGUGCAGCAAUCUGGGGUUCCUCAGAGCCUGGUGAUGUGGACUCCAGAUGAACACAGAGCUCAGGUGAGACAGCUGGCUCCCGCUCUGAUCCAGACCUCAGUGAAGAAACGGAGUCCUCAAAGUCUCCAACAGUACGGCAUCAGCAGGCUGCUGCUCCGAUACAACCAGGCCAGCACAGAGGAGAUCGGAAACUUCUCCCAGAGCAACAUCAACCUCACUCUUUACACCAUCAACGAGCCCUGGCUGUACUCGGUGCUCUGGUGCAGCGGGGUGUCUUCAGUCUCCUCCGAGGCCUCACAUAUCCUCAAAAAGGUGUCUUACCCCAUCUGGCUCAUGAGACCACAUGAAUACUGCCUGAUGUGGGUGUCUGUGGACCUCAUCUCCUUUGCUGCAGUCAUAGGAAUAUUCAUUUUCCAGAACUAUCACGUGAUCAGGUAUCGGAUGAGCGGCAUGCGGAGCUACAACCCCGAGCAGAUCAUGCUGAGCGCCGCGGUCCGGAGGUCCAGCAGAGACCUCAACGUCAUGAAGGAGAAACUUAUCUUCUCUGAGGUGGGGAAUGGAGUCGGCGGUGCUGAUGAGCACUACCCGGACGACAGCUACGACUACUACGCCAAUCAGGGCAUCAGCCAGUGAUCGGGCCUGUGUGAGGCGCGGGCGUCAGUGCCCCCCCGCCCCCCUCCCCCGCCCAGUGUUUACACCCCCCUGAGCUCCUCGUCCUGUCCUGCUGAUGAACUGACAGACUGCUGUAUCUGAUGGAGAAGGAGCUCUGUGUACAUUGUGUAAAUAGUUUUGUGUCUUGCUUGUCAGACAUGCUGUACAUCACACGGGACUACACGCACUUUUUAUUCACGGGAAUCGCCAAAUCUGUGGCCGACCGCUCUCGCAUCUCGAUGAGUUACCGACGCCAGCUUCCUUUUAAAGAUGCGUUUCCAGAUUCUUUGUUUUUUAAGCACAUUUUCCAAAGCGGUGUCUUUGUUUUUAAACCACUGCUCACGACGUUCUUCUCUCAGCGGAUGGAUUUCUUUACAACGGGGGGGCUUUUCACGAGGCUUCAUCGCAGCGUGAGACUCGAAGCUAUAAGGGCUCGUCUUCUCGCCACCGUGCCGCGUUUCACAGAAGCACUCGCAUUGAUAUUUAUAAGUAACGAGGAAAACACGAACAAGCUGUUUACAGAAGUCCUGCCGUCUCCUCCAGGUGAAAUAUUCACAUGAUGUAUGUAGGAUGAGCAUUUUGAUAGAGGCUGAAAGCCCCUCCCCCCGCCCCCCCGCCCUACUUCUGACCAGUGCUUGUAACUGUAAUGAACUGACGCAUGUGAGCUGUGCUCCCAGUGCAACUGGUAAAUGGUUUGAGGGGUAAAGAUGUGUGCCGUCUUUGUGGUUAACGUGAAUGUUUUGGAUUUGUUUUUUAAAGAUGUGAACGGUGUAUUGUGUGUGUUUGUCUUUGUGUUGUAGCCGGGUAUAUAUUCUUUUUUACCCUGUGUGCAGUGCUAUGUUCAGUGUAUUAUUGUACAUAAAAGGAGAAUGCAAGUGUGUGUGUGUGUGUGUGUGAGAGAGAGAGGGAUGCUACAGCCAACUAAGCAUAACAUUUGAACAAUGUGACGAUAAUAAUUAGCAAUAUCCUGGUCACGGUGGGAGUCACGACACUUCCUGCACAGCCUCUGAGAUGCCGUGGAGUCUGUUGUUGUUGUUGGUGUUGUUCAGACGAUGCGUCUUCAUGUUGGUUGCUGUGUUAAACGGACUGCUGUAGGACAAUGAAGUGGGUGCUAAAUGUGAAAAUGAAGCUGCAAGCUCCAGGUAUCGCAACAGGCAGCACAGGGUCAAGAAAUGAACUGCUUUUUGUGUUUAUUUUCUUUAUUUGGGUGUUAUUAUUAUUAUUGUGCCUCCAGAAGGAAAAAAAUAAAUUUAAUAAAUCUUCUAAUACGUGA